UAUUCACGUUUCUCGUACACGUUUAAAAUGUGAUGAAUUCAUUCAGCUUCUUCUUUCCCAAAACCCAACUUCACUAUUCUCAUUCUUCUCAUUUUAUACAAAACCCCACCCUCGCCGCACCACCACCGGCAACACCGCACAGGCGGCUGAGCCAAUAGAGAGCUAUAAUUCAAGGGUUUUUCAUAUUUAACUAUGGGAAUGGAUGAAACUUCGACAAAUACACAAACCUCUGUCUCCAAGCAUGCAUUUUUUGAUCUCUCCAAUGUUUCUCCAUUGGUAUUCUUGUAUCUUCUAAGAGAAUGUUAUGCUCAUGGAACAUGUAAAGCAACACAGAAAUUCCAUGCACUACAGCAGCAGCUAUAUCUAGUUUUACUCAAUAAUUCCAAAGUUGGACCAGCGAUUCUAAUUGCUCGCUGCCUCUACAUAUUGCCCGUAUUUGAUUCAUACUGUGAUGGAUUCAGCCAUUUGGUACUAUCAUCACUUUGCCGUUUCUUGAAAGUAGGAAAGAACAAUGAAGAUUUAAUCGAGGCAAAAGUUUGUGCUGCAAACUUAUUCUUGGACAUCAUUGGUGGUACGGUGACUCACGACGAAGGUGUCGUAGUUAAGAUUGUUCAGGGUUUUGAUUUCGAUUUAACGGAUAUUGAUAAAGUCAUGCGUCGUGCUAAAAUUGACGGCACGGCGAAAGAAGUGGUUAGAAAAUACGCUGACAAGCUAAUAGACUUGCAAUCGUAUACGACUGCUGUUGAUAUGUUGAUACACUUUUCUAUCCGCGAGCGUGGAGAGUCUUUUUUACUGAAAAUGUUAGAAUGCCGACAGCAGAAAGUGGCGGAGAAGUGGGCAACGUAUAUGGGAAAGUCAAUGCUGUGUUUGCUUGUCCAGCAAUACGUUGACCAGAAAUUAUUGAAACCUGCUUAUGAUAUUAUAAAGAAAAAUAAUUUGCGUGAGGAAUUCCCGGAACUCUAUCAUCAGGGUAAAGAAAGUGCACUGAAGAAGCUAGCAGAAAAAGGUGUGUGGGAUAUUGCAGAAGCAAGAGCUAAUGGUGAUAGACAACUUGUUGAAUAUUUGGUUUAUCUUGCAAUGGAAGAUGGUUAUUAUGAAAAGGUUGAAGAGCUCUGUGAUCGUUAUUCCCUCGAAGGUUUCUUGAAUUCCAAAGAGCCUGAAUCAGAUCUUCUAAAUCGUCGGUACUUGAACCUUCAUGAUUUGUCCAUUGACGAUGUUUGCUGGGUCGAUGAAUUUAAUGGUUUGCGUGACGCAAUACGCUACUUUAAGGGAUGCAAAGUUGUUGGCCUUGACUGUGAAUGGAAGCCUAAUUACGAAAAGGGCAGCAAACCCAGUAAGGUUUCUAUCAUGCAAGUAGCCUCGGAAAAGAAGGUUUACAUAUUUGACCUUAUCAAGCUCUAUAAUGAUUCUCCAAGUGCGCUAGACGAGUGCCUUUCCUGCAUACUGCACUCACCGAGUAUUUUAAAACUUGGCUACAAUUUUCAGUGUGAUGUACAUCAGCUUGCACAUUCUUAUGGAGAAUUGAACUGUUUUAAGCACUUUGAGAUGCUGCUUGAUGUUCAGAAUGUGUUCAAAGAACCACGGGGUGGUCUCUCCGGUCUUGCGGAGAAAAUAUUGGGAACCGGUCUGAAUAAAACUAGACGAAAUAGCAAUUGGGAGCAACGACCUCUGAGUGUCUAUCAGCUGGAAUAUGCUGCUCUUGAUGCUGCUGUGCUCGUCCACAUAUUUCGGCAUGUUAGAAGGCAAUCCGAGCGGCCUUCAGGUGCACAAGAUGGGCAUGCCAAGAUUGAAUGGAAAUCAUACAUUAUUUCCCAUAUGGGCAGCUCAAAAGGGCACUUAAACCGGAGAAGCCCACGAAGAUGAAUAGGUUAUGACGUUUCUUCAGUUAGGUAGAGCUAGUGAGCCUAUUAAAAGUAGAGUUUACAUUUGAUUAGACUUUUAUUUUGAACAGUUUGAUGGUUAAAUGAAAACUUGGAUAUGUUGGCAAGAUACACUUGUUUUAAGAGAGGAAAGUGUACAGUGUAAAAAAAGUGGGCUACUUUUUCAUUUAGAUAGUAGUAGCAAAAAGAAAACAUUGAAAAACACA